AGCUGUGACAAAGUUCUUCGGUCUUCUUGUCGACAAGGAAGUAGCCGUCAACAGGAAAGACACGCUGUGCAGGGUGUGCAGCAUACGCACCGAUGUUUGUGAUGAUUAUUGCAAGCUGUGUAUGAGGAGGGCAAGGAUAAUAGCGAUUGCGACGACAGUGUACCUGUCAGGUGAGAAAAAAAAAAAAAGGCUGCGAUGAAGGUUGGACGAGUAGCACGAAGCGACACACACAAGAGCGUGAGAGCCUCGGUCAGCUGACUGGCCGUGACGACGUGAGCGCGCGUGCAAAUGUCUUGUUGUCUUGGGACCCUUGUGAUGAGCAGUUUGACUGACAGCCGCUGUACUGCUGACACCGACUGCCGUGCACUGGCCAGCAAGCAUUGUACAGGUUGUUGAGGUAGCUGGUGUUGACAGCCAGGUGGGUCUGCUGUGACCUCGUUGAGGUGAUACGCAUUUCACGGAGUUGAGGCUCCAGCCUGGCGGUGGUGUCCCUACACAGGUGCUUAUGUCAUGGAACUUAUGUUACACCUACAAGCACGCGGGUGCACGGGCCAGUGAGUGCGGAUAUGGACUAACAUCCUCUCGUUUUUCAGUGUCACUAUCGCGCCAGCACCCGUCCCACUUCAGUGAAUAGGUCACGUGCGCCCGGGUCGCCCCCUAACGACUAGCUGCCUGUGUGGAACACACACAUACACACACAUGUAUACACGCAGACAACAAAUGCACAAACACGAUCAGACGUGCGGCAGACCGCAAGAAAAGUUUGAGGCAUGAAAUAGAUGAAAGCAGCCGACACAGUGUCUGCCACCGACACCAGACAAACCUUGCUCAGGUUCACAGAGGUUUCAUCGACAUUCGUCUGUCCACUCAUCGAUAACAAGACAAAGAAAGUUCACAUGAUAACCAUCGCUAAGACCACAAACUGAAGCAGUCGAUCCCGCAGACAAUCAAAAGUCGAUGAGUUUAUUUGUUUACUUUUUUUAACAGUAAUUCUUAGCAGCCAGUGAAAUGUUGUGGACUCUGAGAGCUACCAGUGAUGUUGUUGUUGUUGUAGUGGCCCACAAACAACGACUGUUUAGGGUCAGUCCUAGUUUGUAGCUGGUGCCACAGAAUCGUCUGUGACUGAUAUCAGGACGGGGACAGCAAGGAGUCACCGAGGACAAUGUUCAGAACCACCUUCGAUGUGCAGUUCUCGCUGUCGGAGGCCUCCGCCAACUGCAAAGCAGCGACUCAGCAGACGUCACCAGGUGUGUCGCUGUUUUGCGGCGAGGGGCGUCCGUACCUGGCGAAUGCCCCACUGGGGCAGAGACUGUGCCUGUGCCCGGUCUCUCACGAAGGGCCCCAUUCUCAUCUCUCAGCCAGCGGGGGAGUGCUUUCUGGAGGACUCAAGCCCCUGGCAACCCACCCGAACACAGCUGUCCCACCCGGACACGAUGCUUCAGCCUUCUAUCCGCCGCUGUUUCGGGGACUUCCUGUUAGACCGGAACUAACAACUCUGACCUCUGGGGGUCCACGUCUACCCUUCGACCCUGCGAUGGCAGCUCAUCCUUAUGGACUACUAUAUGCAGGACUCGACGUCAACGGUCUGGGCAUGCGCAAAGCAGCAACUCGGGAGACAACGGGACCACUAAAGGCCUGGCUACACGAACACCGGAAGAACCCGUACCCGACGAAAGCAGAAAAAAUUAUGCUUGCAAUCAUCACAAAAAUGACUCUGACCCAGGUGUCCACCUGGUUCGCCAACGCCCGCCGACGAUUGAAGAAAGAGAGUCGUCUGUACACAGUAAAGGACGGCGCACAUGACGACAGCGACCACAACCCCCGCGACAGGGACGACGACGACGACGCCAAUGAAACAGACGACGACUGCGGGCUUUUACGCGGAUGUACAGACUCCGACGAGGACAUUAAUGUCGACGUGUCGGACAUAUCUGAUCACGAGGACGACCCUGUCACGCCCACCGCCACGUCCGCCUCUACCUCCUCCCCCAUGGGCAAGCACAGUCCGCUGUCCUCCUCCCCCAUGGGCAAGCACAGUCCUCUGUCCUCCUCGUCUCCACACACAUCGUUCACGUCGUCACCGCCAUUCGUGGCCAACCGCAUUCCUUUCUUUUUAUACACUUCUGGUAUCUCGCCGGCCAUGGCUCUCCACGGAGUGCCGAACGGAGUUGCCCAUGGCAACAGUUGUUCUACACAAGCGACCUUCUCAAAGACUUUGUCUCCAGCGGUCAUCGCACAGCCCUCGAUACCACUGGGUGCUGCAGCGACUGCCCCGUCCACAGCUGCUGCGCGCUCGUCCUCCUCCGUGGUGCAGUCGUCGCGGCCCAAGAUCUGGUCCAUUUCCGAGAUUAUCCACUCGGAAUCCGAAAGAACGUCAGCCACAGGGUCCGCGGCGAAAGUCAGUGAAAGUGACCGGAAGAAUGACCGGACAAAGGACGAUGACGUGUCACGUGACCGCUCCACUUGGCUGCAGCCCCUGGCUCUCGAUCAACAGCCGAACAGAACGAGGAGUCGUCAGGACAUGACCUGUCCGCCAUGACACCGGAAGCAGAAGGAAGACAAGCUACAUGUACUCGACUUCUGCCCUUGCUCCCGCGACAACGGGCAGAGCAACUGGUUGGAUGACGUCACCGGUGGUUAAGAAGCCUCGCACAACGUCAUCAGACGUCAGCCUGUCGUCAGAUAACGAUCUUCCGCCCAGAGUCACUUCCGCUCUCUACCCCGCUUCUAGCACAGAUGUCAGUCCUCAGACAGAAGCCCUCGACCUGCAGACCAAGAAAACCACAAACGACGUCAAGCCAGGAACAUAGGAGCGGACCUCAAACCAGGAGCAGAGCCUUCACUCCGUGUCCACACAACAAGAAUCAGACGAGGAACUUCAAGGCUUCAGUCAACGCUGGUCCAGCCUGGAAAGCGAACCGAGAUCCAGAAUCAGCAAGUGAAGCCCGCUUCCGAAAACAUCCUGUGUAUAUGUGUGUAUAUUUAGAUACAAUAUGUCCCUUAAGGGUUCUCUGAAGUCCACAGUGCCCAUACCAUCGGCACUCCCUGUCGCACACCACGAGGACCGGUGGCACUUCACAGGGUGGAGUUUUACAACAACAAGCCGCUAGUUAACGACUGUAUGUGGUAGAUACAUAGAGUAGAGGUGCACUUGUCUCUCAGUCCAGUUCCACUCUUGUCUCGACACUGAUCUCUACAGUAACAGACCUGUGGACGUAGAUGAGAGGUCAACGAGUCUUCCUCAUCAACACCAUGAACCCGACCUCUUGAGCAAUGGUCAAGGCACUAGUGGCCCUGGUUCCAGCACCACAGUCUGGUACUGUCCCCUGGUAACCUUUCACAACACUGUGACUGUGAGGAAUUGUUGCCAAGACAACGUAUGAACCAUCAGUUAUAGCAGGUUGUGAAUACGGAUUGUAAGGUUGACAGAGUGCUACAUAGUGAGAAUAAACUGGAUGCCUAUGUACAAGCACUUCUACAGUUCGCUCGGAGAUUCUGUCUCACCAUCCGACAAAACAUUUUGUAAAAGAAAACUAAAGCAUUGAAAAUGUCGGCUGUGUUUCUUACUCAGCUUCCCUCGCUGUUUCUAGAACUUCUUUGCCAGAAACCGGUUAUAAGACCACGAGCGUGGAUUGUAAUUUUUGCCGGCAAAGCAGCACUCUAAAGACCUGGGACACCUGUUCUGACAACACCUGUACUGGUAGCACCUCUAGCAGACAGCAGUACACCUUGUAGACCUUGUGACUGUAGAUGUCUAACUGUUUGUGUAGGUAUUUAAGACUUGUACAACUAAUACAUGUUAAUAAAUGCUUGAUCCUAACAA